GUUAUAUUUACAUUUUAAUUCUUGCUGGUGUAGCGGUACUUGUUCCUCCAUGGUCUCCCUGGAGGCUUUUAGCUACUAGCUUGAUUACAUUCCGGGGUCAGGUGAAAUAUUCCUGUAUUUGAUCGGUCAGUUUAUGACAUAUUAUAUUAAAAACAAAUAGGGUAGUUUGAUAAGUUUUACAGAUCAGGACGGGGAGGGCUAACGAAGGGCUGAUGUUUCCUUGUGGUGAGAUGUAAACUUGUUUCUCCUGUUUUCUCUGCGAAUCCUCGGUUGUGGAAGCAGUCCUGCCAAAAAAGCUUGUUCCUGAAGCCAAUCUGUGGUCAUGUCCACCAUGGAGAGCACCCAGGUGACCCUGGUUGUCAGAGGUGAAACGUCCCUCGGUGAGGUGAUUGCUGCCGUUGGGAGCUGUGAAGCCCUGGGAAAUUGGAGCCAUAAGAAAGCUGUCACCUUGCAUCCUGAUGCUAAUGAUGGGGGUACAUGGACUGCAACAGUUAGCGUACCUACAGGAGUGGUUUGCCAGUACAGAUAUUUCAGAGGCUUCUUUCUGGAGUCUAAGAAUGCAGGUGGUCCCUGUCAGGUGAUAGUCAAUUUGUGGGAGACCCAUCAUCAUCCCCGCACGAUGAGCCCCACAGCGUCCACUCUGACCAUUGACGAUGGGGAAUUUGGAAAUAACAAUGGUGUUCACUGCGUUGACGCAGGGUGGCUUACGUGCCAGACAGAGAUUCGCCUGCGCCUGCACUACUCAAGGAAGUGUCCUGUGUCCAUUACCAAGAAGAAAUUCAAGAGGUCCCGCUUCAGGAUCAAGUUGACUUUGGAGGGCAUCGAAGAGGAGGAAGACGAAGAGGAUAAUGGACUCAGUCCCUCAUCAUGGAACAAGAUGACCACCACUCUGGAGAUCAGUAUGAUCAGUGCCAAUGGCUACAGGUCACGUCAUUCCCAGCCUGAAUGGGGAUAUGCACUGGAGCCCACCCAGUGGACUGAGUACAGUAUCCACACCAUGGACCCAGACAACUUGGAGCUGACCCUUGAGUUCUUUGAGGAGGAUCUGAGCAAGCACGUCGUCCCAGGAGAUGUUCAUCCAGGACAUGUAGGCACCGCCUGCCUCCUUUCCUCUUCUUUCCUGGAGAGUGGCAAAGACAACGGCGUAGUGACACUUCCAAUAAUGAGUCGAAAUUCCAGACAGACCAUUGGGAAAGUGAGAGUUGAUUAUUUGGUGAUUCGACCAAUCCGGGGCCUGGACUGUGACAUGAGCUGCUCUUUUGCUAAAUACUGGAAGAAAGGAAGUGCUCUGAAUGUGGGACACAGAGGAGCAGGGAGCACACACACAGCCAGGCACCACAGAGUCAGGGAAAACACAAUUACCUCCUUCAAAAGUGCUUCCAAACACGGUGCAGCCUUCGUAGAGUUUGACGUUCACCUUUCUAAAGAUUCAGUUCCUAUUGUAUACCACGAUCUGACGUGCUGCAUUUCCACUAAGAAGAAAAAUGAUAAGGUUUCAUUGGAGCUCAUCGAGGUGCCGGUCAAAGACUUGACCUUUGAUCAGCUACAGCUUCUGAAGCUGGCACAUGUAACUGCAAUGAAAGGCGAAGAUCACAAAGAUUUGCUCGAUGAUGACGAUGAAAUUGAUGAACACCAGCCGUUUCCACAACUCUCACAGGUAUGAACCAUGUUUGUGUGGAUGCUCAGUGAAUGGCCUGAUGACGUGGGUUUCAACAUUGAGCUGAAGUGGAUUUGCCAGCUGAAGGAUGGCUCAUGGGAGGGAAGCCUUUCGACCUACUUCAACAUGAACACCUUCCUCGACAUCAUCCUGUCCUGCGUGCUGCAGAAAGGCGGCAAAAGACGUGUCGUCUUCUCCAGCUUUGACCCCGACAUCUGCACCAUGGUGCGUCAAAAGCAGAACAAGUACCCCAUCCUCUUCCUCACCCAGGGAAUUUCCGAGAGGUAUCCUGAAAUGAUGGACAUCCGCUGCCAGAACACGCCGAUCGCCAUAAGUUUUGCCCAGAGUGAGAACAUCCUGGGGAUAAGUGCUCACUCUGAAGAUCUGCUCAGAACACUGUCCCACAUCGCUGAUGCUCAGUCUAAAGGACUGGUGGUGUUCAGCUGGGGAGAUGACAACAAUGAGCAUGAGAACAGACGGAUGCUGAGGGAGCGGGGGAUUGAUGGUCUCAUCUACGACAGUAUCUGUGAGGAUCAAGGAGACAAGCCAAACAUCUUCCAAGUAGAGGAGCAGCAUACCCUGCAGGAGGUCAUUUCAGAGGAGACCCUGAAGAAUGCCACCUGUUCCUGCUACUCUGUCCCUUGCUCUAUGGCUCCCUGCAAAAACUCAAAACCUCAGGCCAGCAGCUCCGAAUCAGAUUCUGGUCUCAGCUCCCUGUAAAGCAAUUACCUGCACACAUGCACUCAAGGUGACCAGUGUUAGAAAAGAAGUUAUUGUCUUUUGACAACAAAGAUAAUUAGAAAAAAAAAACAAUGUCAACAGCUGUAGGGGGAGGAGCUUGGUUUGCCAAAGUGUAGUGUUUAAUGAAACUGCACAGUCGUCGCAAUUACUUAUCCAGCCAAUAUGUUUAAUACCUGCAUAGGCCAAGUGCUAAAAAUCUUUUUAUUUUCACAACUUCAAGGUUUUAAUUUCAUGUCGUUUAGUUCAUGUCGUUCUAUCGUUUCUUCCUUGUGCAUGUAGCCAUUGCCUUAAGUGUUAUUUUAUUAAUAGCAGUGACUAGCAACCCAACUUGUAUAAAAACCAAAAAAAUAGGAUAUAGAUGCAGCUUGCCAUGUCUUUGGCGUUUAGACUUCAACACAUGUAGAGCAGUAUGUGCACCUCCUCUGACCCAUGCAGAUAGGCUUACUGGCUUAACAUUUACACCUGCUAAUAGCUGUCAUCAAUAAUAACGUCAAUAAUAACAGAAACUAUGACAUUAUUUACUUGAAUUUAGAACAAACAAAAGAUGAUUUAUUUGCUACACUGCACAUUUGACAGUCUUUAAUAGACAAAUGAAAUAUGUUUGUGUUUACUUCUUUUAUUAUAAUUACCAAUCACUGACCUAAUAUGUUUGGGGAUUUCUGUACACAACAAUUGUACAACUCCAUUGGAAUGUAUAAUAUCCAACACUAUUUGUAUUGCAUGUUAUAUAUUUUGUAAUUGAAUUUGAUAACUCCAUAUUCAGGGAAAAUUGUGAUGGAUUAUGCUGUAGUACAAGUUAAAUAUUUAUGCUCGAAAUUGAUGUAGAAAAGUUGUUGUAUCAUUCAUAGAGUCGAACAUAUUCAGAAACUGAACCUUUAGUGUGGUAUUAGUCUGCCUGGAUAGCAACUAUGUACUUGAACACAGAUAUUUGUGUGGUCAUGUACAAGAAUUUAAGAAUGUUAUGUAGCAUAAUAUGGAAAUAGUAAUAUAAAUAAAAUAGUUCCACACUUAUGAA